AUGUACUACUGGGUGGGGACUUUUUCUUGUGUGGUGGGCCUCCUGCUUUUGAUUGUUUUGCUGCUCAAAAAUGUGCUGCAUGACCAGAAGGUGGUGCCCUCCUUCAUUGGCGGCUACUGCGCCGUAUUCGCCACGGUACUCUCCUUCUUCCAGAUUCUGGAGCACCUGACCUGCUUUUCCGACCCGGAGUGCCAGACAAAGAUUGUGCGCAUCCUCUUUAUGGUGCCCCUCUACGCCAUGAUUUCAUGGAUCUGUAUACUUGCCCCCAGCGCCGCCGAGUACCUCAACCUGAUCCGCGACGCUUACGAGAGUUACGCCAUUUACGCCUUCUUUCAGCUGAUGAUCGCCCUCAUGGGGGGCAUGGAUACCCUCUACCGCACCCUUAUGCUGGAGGAACGGCCCCCCAUACCCCACUUCUUUCCGCUCUGCUGGAUGGAGCCGGUGAAGGUGUCACCGACGUUUGUACGGAAUUGUCGUCUGUGCCUGUUUCAGUUUAUGGUGGUGAAGCCGCUUGUGACGGUGGUUGUCAUCAUUUUAACAGCCAAGGAUGAGAUGGGCAGCAUUCUGGAUGUGCGCAAAGGAUACUUUUGGACGACGCUGGUGUAUAACAUAUCCAUAACGACGGCUUUUACUGCUUUAGUUUACUUUUACACGGGGCUAAAAGAGUUUAUGGAGGGAACAGACGCCUUCAUGAAGUUUCUCUGCGUCAAGGUUGUUAUCUUCCUCUCAUUUUGGCAAGGCAUACUCAUUCAAUUACUCUCUGCCACACAUCUUUUGCCGCGCUUCCAGUAUUGGUCGGAGGAGCGCGUGCCACAGGGGCUUCAAGACCUGUUGGUGUGUGUUGAGAUGAUGUUCGUGGCCUUUGCGCACCGUUACUGCUUCGGGACUGACCCCUACGCCCCUGACGCGGUGGUUGUGGAGGCGGAGCCUGGUACCGAUACCGUCGAGAGCGGCGGUGGCGCCGGUGGGGCUUUCCCUCAGCGCACUAUUCCACCAAUUCGGUACAGCGUGUCGGCAAACCUCAAGUACACACUGAAGCACGAGGACAUCAUGUAUGAUUUAAGAGCUAUCAUGCAUAACCGCUAA